CUCAUCAUCUCACUACUCUGCAUGUCCUCCUUGUCGACAUGGACAGCGGCCAGCAAUGGCGGCGGCAAGCCCCUGCUCGCGGCCAUCACCAAGGACGCCUCCACCUCCCUCUACACCGCGCCGCUCAAGGACGGCCGCCCGCUCGUCCUCGCCCUCUCUAGCCCGGCCAUCUCCUUGCCGUGCGAUGCCAAGAAGGGAAAGGGAACGGUCACGACGACGCUCUCCGCCAACGCCACCGACGGCAAGAACCUGCUGUUCCCGGUCUCCUUCCCCACCGUGGCCAGCUGCGUCGCCCGCACGUAG